AAUAUCAGGACUGUAAAUAAUGAUUACUGUCAUUAUUGAUUGAAGUUUUAUUGUUUAGUUGAUUAAACUGCGUCAGAAAGAAAUGAAAUCACACAGUUUGACGUCUUUAAAAGUAGUUUCCUGUUUUUCUUUUCCUGGUUUCUGCGUCUUCACAGCGAUGUAAAAACUCAGCAAACUCUUGUUAGUGGAUUAAAAUGAAUAAUGGAUCUUUAGAGUGAACCAUAAAACCAAGGUGUUCAAACGAGGUCAGAUUGGCGUGCAGGCAAGUUUGCGGCUGCGGGUGAGAGAGUAGGAUUUCUGGUGACAUUGCUUCUGUGAUGUGAUGUCUCUGCCACAAGGGGGCACUGCUGUAACAGUCAACAGCUUUGUGUGUAAACGUGUUAAACCUAAUAAGUUAUUUGUUUCCAAUUUGGUUCUAAACUUGUGUUUGUGCAAUAUGCUAUUUAUGUUUGUAUGAUAAUGCCUCAAGUUAUUAAUAUUGGCAUUAAAUAAUUACUAUUUCACAGAGCACUGGUAUCCAGCCGUUUUAUGUUCAAUUGUUUUGGGAUUGUUAUUGAAAUUGAGUUAAUAGGCUAUAUAUAUACAGCUACUUCCUGAACUCAAUACAGCUCCUUUAUUUUCCUAUCUUACAUUAUUGGACAAACUGACUAAUCCAGGUGUGUCUGAACAUUGUUGUUGUCACUAGUGAGGUCAGACACACCUGGAUUAAUCAGUUUGUCCAAUAAUGUAAGACAGGAAAUAAAGGAGCUGUAUUGAGUUCAGGAAGUAGUGAAGCUGUGCAUAAAGUUAAUAAAGCACAGCCCCACCUAGAAUAUUUUUCACCAGCCGCCACUGUAUGUGUACAAAAACACAAAACUCUAGAAACACAAGAUAAAAUGCUUCAUAUGUCAAAGUCUUCGUAUCAAUUCAGCAUCAAUAUAAUCCAUAAAGAUAAACUGUAUCUGCCGCAUUAUGACCAAACUUUGUUCUCCACGACGACAACUGGUCCCAACAAGGUCAAUGAUUGUACAAGAGAGAGACAGAAAGACACGCUGACGCUGUACAAUUAUAAAUAAACUGUUAUAUAGAAAUAUUUCUUUUUAUUUGGCAUUUUCACAGCACACACGUCAGACUUGUCUACUCAAACAUGUAGAGGCACGCAAAUACAUCCAGUGUGCAGCUGUACAUAACACACACACACACACACAUACAUGUGACUUCCAGUAAAAAAGAGAGGAAGUUAAAGUUGAAAGUAUUCAUUCAGACUUCAUUUCACAGUCAGCAGAACAGAAGCAUGAAAACAAGUCUGAGGCAGUGUUACUGGUUUACCUCUCAGACUCCAGAAGAUGAAGGAAGAGGAGGAAGAGGAUGACAGAGUAUCCAGCUGUCUGUCUAUGAAGAGUGAUUGGUCCAAUGAUCUUCCUCCAACCUUCAGUAAUGAACCUGGACCCUCAGACACAAAUGUUACUGGUUUACCUCUCAGACUCCAGAAGAUGAAGGAAGAGGAGGAAGAGGAUGACAGAGUAUCCAUCUGUCUGUCUAUGAAGAGUGAUUGGUCCAAUGAUCUUCCUCCAACCUUCAGUAAUGAACCUGGACCCUCAGACACAAAAGAGAGGAAGAGGAGGGCUGUUUCUGUGGAGGAGCAGCUGUCCUGCUGUUCUUUGUGUCAGGACAUCCUGAAGGAUCCAGUCUCUACCAGCUGUGGACACUGGUUCUGCAGACAGUGCAUCACUUCAUACUGGGACCAGUCUGCUUCAUCAGGAGACUCCUCCUGUCCCCAGUGUGCAGAAAGAUCCAGAACCAGACCUGGACUGCAGACAGACAGUCAGACCAGCACUAUACAAACAAAAACUGGUCAGCAGGAGGUUUUAGAUGAACAUCAGAUCAGUCUGAGCAGCACAUGUGAAUGUGUGACUCAAGGAACUGAUGAAGCAGGAAGUGAAAUCCCCAUCAAUGAUAUCUUCACUGAGCUCCACAUCACAGAGGGACUGAGUGAAGACGUUAAUACCCAACAUGAGGUGUGGCAGCUGGAAACAGCUUCCAGGAUGAAGACCCUCCAUGACACUCCAAUCAAGUGUCAGGACAUCUUUAAAGUCUUACCUGACCAACAGAAACACAUCAGACUCAAACAGAAACACAUCAGAAGCGUUCUGACUAACGGCGUUGCUGGCGUUGGAAAAACCUUCUCAGUGCAGAAGUUCACUCUGGACUGGGCAGUGGGCUCCGAAAACCAAGAUAUCAGUCUAGUGGUUCUGUGUCCGUUCAGGGGGCUGAACUCGAUCAAAGAUGAGCAGUACAAUCUGAUCAUGCUGAUCCAGGAAUGCCAUCCAACAUUACAGAAGCUCACAGCAGAGAAGCUCGCUGUCUGUAAAGUUCUGUUCAUCUUUGACGGCCUGGAUGAAAGCAGACUUUCACUGGAUUUCAACACCAGGGAAGUCGUGACUGAUGUCACACAGAAGACAUCAGUCAGCGUGCUGUUGACAAACCUCAUCAAGGGGAAUCUGCUUCCCUCGGCUCGCGUCUGGAUAACUUCCCGACCUGCAGCAGCCAAUCAGAUCCCUCGUACAUGUGUUGACAGGGUAACAGAAGUACGAGGCUUCACUGACGCCCAGAAGGAGGAGUACUUCAGGAAGAGAUUCAGUGAUGAAGAGCAGUCCAGCAGAAUCAUCUCACACAUCAAGACAUCCAGGAGCCUCCACAUCAUGUGUCACAUACCAGUCUUCUGCUGGAUCACUGCUACCGUUUUGGAAGAAAUGUUGACUUCAGACCAGAGAAAAGAGCUGCCCAAGACCCUGACUGACCUGUACUCACAUUUCCUGCUGGUUCAGACAAAGAGGAAGAAGAACAAGUAUGAUGGGGGACAUGAGACAAGUCCAGAGGAGCUGACCGAGGCUGACAGCGAAGUUCUUCUGAAGCUGGGGAGGCUGGCGUUUGAACAGCUGCAGGAAGGAAACAUCCUGUUCUACCAAGAAGACCUGGAGCAAUGUGGUCUUGAUGUCACAGAGGCUGCAGUGUUGUCAGGAUUUUGUACACAGAUCUUCAAAAGAGAGAAACUCCAGAAAAAAACAGUCUACAGCUUUGUUCAUCUGAGCGUUCAGGAGUUUCUGGCUGCAGUCUACAUGUACCACUGUUACACCGGCAGGAACACAGAGGUACUGAAGGACUUCCUGGGAGAAGACUACAGUGACUCAUCUCUGGAUGACUUCCUGAAGAGAGCCAUGGAGAAAUCUCUCCAAAAUAAAAAUGGCCACCUGGACCUGUUUGUUCGCUUCCUUCAUGGCCUCUCUCUGGAGUCCAACCAGAGUGUCUUAGGAGACCUGCUGGGUCAGACAGAGAACAGUCCAGAAACCAUCCAGAGAGUCAUCAACAACCUGAAGGAGAUGAACAGUUCGGGUAUUUCUCCUGACAGAAGCAUCAACAUCUUCCACUGUCUGAUGGAGAUGGACGACCGCUCAGUACAUCAGGAGAUCCAAGAGUUCCUGAAGUCAGAGAACAGAUCAGAGAAGGAACUCUCUCUGAUCCACUGCUCAGCUCUGGCCUACAUGCUGCAGAUGUCAGAGGAGGUUCUGGAUGAGUUGGACCUGGAGAAGUACAACACAUCAUGGGACGGACGACAGAGACUGAUCCCAGCUGUGAGGAACUGCAGAAAGGCUCGACUUCCUCGCUGUUAUCUAUCAAAUACUCACUGUGAAGUUGUGGCCUCAGCUCUGAAGGCCAACCCCUCCCAUCUGAGAGAUCUGGACCUGAGCUACAACAUCCUGAAUGAUUUAAUGAUGAAGCUUCUGUGUGCUGGACUGGAGAGUCCAAACUGUAAACUGGAGACUCUGAGAUUGUGUGGCUGCAGUUUGACAAAGGACGACUGUGGUUCUCUGGCCUCAGCUCUGAAGUCCAACCCCUCCCAUCUGAGAGAGCUGGAUCUGAGUAACAACAAGCUGCAGGAUUCAGACGUGGAGCAGCUGUCUGAUCUUAAGGAGAGUCAAGACUGUAGACUGGAGACUCUGAUAUUGGAGGACUGCAGUUCAUCAGAGACCAGCUGUGCUUCUCUGGUCUCAGCUCUGAAGUCCAACCCCUCCAAUCAGAGACUGCUGGAUCUGAGUAGAAACAAGCUGCAGGAUUCAGACGUGGAGCAGCUGUGUGAUCUUCUGAAGAGUCCAGACUGUAGACUGGAGACUCUGAGAUUGGAUGACUGCAGUUUGUCAGAGACCAGCUGUGCUUCUCUGGUCUCAGCUCUGAAGUCCAACUCCUCCUAUCUGAGAGUGCUGGAUCUGAGUAACAACAAGCUGCAGGAUUCAGACGUGGAGCAGCUGUGUGAUCUUCUGAAGAGUUCAGACUGUAGACUGGUGUCUCUGCUAUUGUAUGGCUGCAGUUUGUCAGAGACCAGCUGUGCUUCUCUGGUCUCAGCUCUGAAGUUCAACCCUUCCCGAUGGAGAAUGCUGGAUCUGGGUAACAACAAGCUGCAGGAUUCAGACGUGGAGCAGCUGUGUGAUCUUCUGAAGAGUCCAGACUGUAGACUGGAGGAUCUGGGAUUGAGGGACUGCAGUUUGUCAGAGACCAGCUGUGCUUCUCUGGUCUCAGCUCUGAAGUUCAACACCUCCUAUCUGAGACAUCUGGAUCUGAGCUACAACAAGCUGCAGGAUUCAGACGUGGAGCAGCUGUGUGAUCUUCUGAAGAGUCCAGACUGUAGACUGGAGAGACUGAGAUUGGAUGGCUGCAGUUUGUCAGGGACCAGCUGUGCUUCUCUGGCUGCAGCUCUGAAGUCCAACCCCUCCCAUCUGAGAGAUCUGGAUCUGAGUUACAACAACUUGAAGGAUUCAGACGUGAAGCUGCUGUCUGAUCUUAAGAAGAGUCCACGCUGCAGACUGGAGUAUCUGAGCUGGUGAUGAUCUCUGUCAGAGUGAGAGUGAACAUCCAGGAGUGUUGAGAGAGGAUCAGCUGGAUCCUGAUGAUCCAUCUGGAGUCUGGAUCUGGAUUUGAUCAUCUUCACUUAAGUCUCUUAACUGACUACAAACUGAACAGUUAUCUCUGGAUUUAGCUGACGUCAGAACUUUACAGAUGUGUUCUACAUGAGUUGUUUGAUGUAGAUAAAGAUAAAAACAGGUGUUAUAAGUCAGACUGUGAGUCUGGGCUCAUAUUUAUCAAGCGUCUCAGAAUCACACUGAGAGUUAACGAAGACUAAAACUAAUGAAUGAAGCAGAAGAGAAUUGACUGUGACUUUCAGCAGGAGAAGGAUUACUGCUGGGAGAGAGUGAGACGUCGCUGUUUUACCACAGUCAGAGCAGCAAAGUAGAAAUAAUGUCUCAGCUGUAAAUAUUAAACAGUUAAAAUUUGGUAUAUUAUGUGUAUAAUCAGGUAACCAGGCAGGUAACUUACCAAGGUUAUCGAAAAAAACUAUGAAGCCAAAAUUCAGUACAAGAUGAUAUUUACAAAGUGUUAAGAAAACCUGAGAGAUAAAAGUAGCCACAUGGUUUCACAGCCUGUAAUAAUACUGCAUCUUGUUCAUAUUGUACAGACUCAUGUUGUAAAGCCUCUCCAUGAAGAAAAUUGUUCAGUUCCUCUUUCAGCUACACCUCAAGUUAACUUCUGUUCUCUACAUGAAGGUAAAAACACUGUAACAAUAUAAACAGAUAUUGUUCAGCUGCAUCCUCCUCUCUCUAAUAUAAGGCUGUAGCUGUGCUCUUAGUUGAAACAGCCGAAAUUAUAAACAAGCCUAUAAAGUAUUUGAGCUGUUGUAAUGAAGCUGAGAUGAUCUUCAUUAUGCAACUGUCAUGAUCAGGGGCUGAUUUAGUGAUUUUGGGCCUCUAGAGAAACUCAGUCAUGGGUUCUCCUUUAUACUUUCUUUCACCUUUUUCUCUAACAGACUGUUGGUGUUGGUGGUGGAAGACAAAGCGAAGUUCAACAAUAAAACUUGCCUGAUUGCACAAAGCAACUAAAACACCACGUCAGGUUAAUAAAUCUAGCAGCUCAUUUUCCUGAUUAGGCAGUGGUUAAAAAAAGCACACAGCAUAGCCUCCUCCCCUCACACACAUCAGAGAAUAUUAGCACUCCAUGUUGAGUAAGCUAGUAGUUUGAUGCAUGAAACAAACAUCCAUCAGGAUCAUGUGACCUCUGUCAAAUAGAGGAAUCAGUGGAGCCUGUAAUGUUUCACUGCCAUAAAUACUCUGGAGAACUAAAAAACAUUAAAAAGAGAGAAAUCAGGAAGCUUGGAGUGGAAGAAAUGAGUGCAAAUAAUGUAUUUACUGUACCAUCAGGUUAGGGAGUCUAAUCCAUUAUCUGAAUGAAACUGGGCUGAUCAAAGAAUUUAGUGUUCAGUGAAAUAUGGACGAUGGAUCAGAUGUCAGAUAUCACUUGAUAUGACUAACUCACACUGCUGCUCCACCGUCUGAAUGAAGUGGAGUAAAAGUAUAAAGUAGCAUAAAGUGGUAAUUAAGUCCAGUACUCCACUGACUGUAGCACAGUAAAGAUUUUAUUAACAAAUAUACAUCAUAUCAAAGUGUUUUAUACAUUCAAGUGCUCUGAAGUAGAAAAAAAAAAACAUUGUAAUGAAAUAAAGCUUUUUGUUCAUCUCAUCAUGUUGAUCUUCCACCUUCAAGACAUUAAAGAGACGUACCUACUUUAUUUUAUCUCAAAUAUUCCUAAUGAGACUUUCCUGACGUUCAUUUACGUGUUUCACUUUCUGUUGUGUCCAAACUUCAAAACCAUCCCGACAAACGUCUGGUUGAAUUAAGACUUCUUUGUUCUUAAAAAGGAAACUCUUGGUCCAGUUUUAGAUGUGUUAUAGCUUGAGUAUAAUCAGUCUUUUAAAGUCCCGCUGGGU